UACCUCAAGGAAAGCAUCAAUUCAAGCCAAGUUCACGGUGGGACUGGUGAUUAGUGUCUGUUAAAAUAAUUUAAAAAAAAAAAACUAGAAUAACGAAAAAGGUGUAAUCGGUAAAAUGGCUAAAUUGAUUAUAAUUUUAACAAUUUUAAAUUUCGCGCCAGCUAUAUUAGCUGGACCCACAGCUCCACCAGCAGGAAAGUCGUCAAAUUUGACUGCUGAUUUUAUUAAAAACUUAAGGGACACAUUCCCAGCUUUACAAAAACCACCGUCACUUUCUAAUUCAGGGACAUCUAAUACUACUGUGCCAUUUUCUACUAUUGCUGAGAUUGUGUCCAAAGCCAUAAAUAAUUACAAAGGGGGAUCAUCAUCAUCGAUGCCAACACUUUCUUCGUCAAAUUUUUUGGACACAAUAAUAGGAUUUUUAACAAAUGGUCUCCUAACAGGCUUAAAAGCAUUAUUAACACCAGUGGCAAUUUUACUUAUAAUUAUUAUAAAUAUCGUAAAACAAUUGCUGCGAGUUGUGUUAUGGCUAGUUGAAGCAUUGCUUAAAACUCUUCUCGAUGGAUUAGGUUUGGGCGGAUUGUCAAAAUCGCUCUAUCAACUAUUGACCCAAGUACAAGAUCUCGUUAAUGAUUUACUGAAUACAGUCGAUGACUUAUUGGAACAAUUGAGUUUAAUUAAAGAAUUCAAUGAAAAAACCAAUGGCCUGAGUCGCGCGAAACGUGACACUGCACAAUUUACUUUGAGACAAAUGUGGAAAGCUAUUAAAGCAUUCCUGAAAACCGGUCAAUUUGCCGCCUCUACGGCAGUCAGUACUGCAACGUUACCGGUAACUUUACCAAUUAAAACGGCUAUGUUGCCAGUUAAAGCUGCUCUGGUUCCGGUCAAAGCAGCUGGUAAAAGUUUGGUCGAACAACUUAAAAGUUAAUUUUAUUUUUUUAAAUUUAAAUAAAAAAUAAUGAUACCGAAAUUAGCUGACGUCUAAUAAUUCUUCGAUUUUUUUUUUUUUAAAUAAAUUAUGAAAAAAAAAUAUUUGAAAAAAUUGUACCGAUAGUUUUCAAAAUUUUCUACAUGUGCAUAUUUUUUUUUUUUUUUUUUUGUAAUUGAUUUGUAGAAAAAAAAAUCCGAAAAUUUUGAAUUGUCUGUCAAUUUCAGGAUCAUAGAAAAUUGCAGUAAAAUUAU